UUGACUGAAAUAAACUCCCGCUAUUAGGGACUCUCGCUAAUGAGGACAUAAACUCGAGGUCCCUACAGUGUCCGCUAUAAUAAGAGUUGACUGUAGAUCUUAUUCAAAAUGUAAAAGAAGUCAAGGUUUCCGUUAAGAUGAAAAACGGAUAAGAGAAAACCUGGGUAUACCAGACACUUCUAAGGUGUUAAACUCUGCAUGUUGUUGAUUUUUAGGCACAGAUAGGUUUUACGAGACUUAGAAUGAUUGAAAGCGUUCUUGCGCGAUAAACAAAGUGAGAUUAGAAUUAUGACUGCUUAGUUACAUUCUGUAAAAAGAGAUCGACAGAAUACGACCUUGGACUGCUAGAAAGGCUUGACACACAAAACAGGGUAGCAUUCUUUAACUCUUACUUUCUUCUUUUCACGUCGUACUCAAGAGGGUACAGCAAGAUGUGAAUCGCAAACCAGGACUUUACAACCAAAAGAGAAAGGUGCUUGGACAAAUAUGGGCAUUGCAGCCUAAAGUCAGGGAGGCGUUUGAGAAACUCAGAACUUCCAGCCGUUUCAGUGCAGACAUGUUCUUAAAGGUAAAAAGUCACGGGACUAAAACAUUGUGAGAUUGAUCCUUCAGGCAAGCUGUUGUUGAAGUUUACCAGCCUAGGGAAGUCAUUCAGGCCUACCAAACCUGAUUUUCACUUACGGACAACUUAUAAUUUAAAUAUGCCAGUACGACAAGUCACUCCAUAGCUUAGGGUUAUCCGACAGCACUUUUGUCGCGCUCUGCUAAGGGAGUUUAGGAAAAAGAAACGCUAAAGUAGCUCUCAUACAUGUGAUUUAUUCUCCAUUUUAUAUUCAACUCCACCACCGGCUAUAUUUCGAGCUUACAAUUGAUCUGCUUGACCAGUUAGCGUGACUUUUUUCAUUUGGAUAGAGCAUUGCGUCACGUCACCUCAAACGUUAGAGUUUAAAUCACGCUCACCUUCUAAGAUUUUUAGAGGAGUGUCUGAGUGUUUACCUUACAUUCUAGAGGAAUUCAUUGAUCUUCCUUCAACAGUUGUUUUGUAGAGGAAUUCAUUGAUCUUCCUUCAACAGUUGUUUUGUAGAGGAAGGGUUUUUAAGUGAAGAGUGCAUCUUACAGAGAAAUUUUCAUUAAUAGAGAGCUGUCGGCGUUCAAUUGCAAAAAGUUAACUGGCAGGGCUCGAACUUGGCGGUGGUCUACCAGCCAAAUACCAGUAUAUUUUGAUUUUUGGCUAGUGGAUUUAGCUCAUUUACUAGCCAUCUUGGCUAGUUAAUUUUCGCCCCUGUAAACAAUAUAAGCCUUGAAAUGUUUUCAACAUUUUCACAGUUGAUCCGCACCUUCUAGUAACCUCUUAUUUCAUUCCCCCAUUAACAACUGGCAUGAAUAAAAGAAAGAAAAGUAAUUCUACAUAAGAAUAAUAUUUGUUAAUUCAGUUUUCAGUUUCGCAUUUAUUCGCUGCCAUCUUGAAAUUAUGUAUGACCAGGGAGCAUGGGCCAAGCCGUACCCAUGAUACAAAGCUAGCCAAAACACAAAUGUCCGCCAUCUUGAAAUGCAAAUGUACGAUCACAGUCCACGCGCGAUUGUCAUGGAUAUUAGGGCAUUUGUGUUGUCAAAUAAAACAACUAAAGGUCUAAAGAGAGUAAGCGAUGAUUCUGCUGGAGGCAGCGCGUCUACAUGUGAAUCUUCAUCAAAACGAAAAUUUGUACGGAUCUGGCUGAAAGACUUUCCAUGGCUCACAUACGAUGUUACGAGUUCAGUAAAAUUUAUUGUUGUAUUGUAACUAAACAUGCAAGACAAGAUGCAGUUAAAUUCUUCUUAUGUUGCAGUUUUUAUUAACGUUUGAUAAAAACAGGAUUUUUGACAUUUUUUUAAAUUUUAUGCUGGACAGAAGUGCCUAGGCUAGUAGAAACACGUUUAUGGCUAGUAAAGCCCGAGCAUGUACUAGCCAUUUGACUAUUAAGUUCAAAAAUUAAGUUCGAGCCCUGUAACUGUUUUUAUUAAAAACUUAAUCAUUGGAUAAUGCAAUUCUAGAGCUCUGAUUGGCUUAGCCAUGAUGGACUUUGAGCCAUUAUGCCAUGCUCUCCAAAUAUGGUAACUGAACGCUUCUGCUCAAAAUUAAGCCAAGCUGAAAAUCGGUUGUUUUUACAAAUAAAGUGUGGAAGAAUUCACGAUAUUUUGUGGGCGUUUUUAACGAAACAAUUAUUCCACUCGCACUUGUUUGAUAUGAGAUGAUUAUAGCCAACUCAUGUCCAACGCACACUCGUGGAAUAAUUGUUAAAUAUAAUAUGUCUGGAAAAUAUAUGACAGGUUGUUGUUGUUGUUGUUGUUGUUGUUGUUGUUGUCAUUUUAUAACAACAGUAUUGUGCCAUAUGUAAGGCAUACCUUGUUCUUGAAGAUACGAACAUUCAAUCAAUUUUUAUUGUAAAGGAAGCGUCGGAGGAGCAGCUGAAGUCCCUUGUGGUUGACAGCAAGCAAGGGAGAAUUACAGAAGAAGAAUUGGAGGAAUUAAUUAGCAAACAGUCCAUUUCUAGAAAUCAAGCAAAACUGAACGGUAGGCGUGAAAAGCUUUUGCCUUUGAUUUUGCCUUUUACUGAAGACCCGUAGCGUUUAUCAUUGAGCAAGGAAAUCGAUGCCUUUGAUACAAGGUUAAGACAUACAUUUCAGUCUGCCAUUUGCGAGCUGCCUUAAGCCUCUGUUUUAAAGCGAGGCCAAAUGCGAGGCCUUUGAUAUGAAAAUGAAUUUUGACCUCAUUCAAAUUAAACUCAUUUUCACAAGUAAGGUAUUGCACUAAGCUUCGUUUUAAAAGUGAGAGUUUUUUGAACUCGAGAAUGGCCUGUUAUUCUAACUGUUACGAGGAAGACUUCAUUUAAGGUUGGGAUAUCGUUCUUACUUUUAUAGAACAGUCAUUCGCCAAUUUUAGUUCAAGAAAGCCCAUAAGGUGUGCGAUGUACUGCAGUUUGAAUGAUGAUUUGUGAAAGGCGGGCAUAAAUUGAAUGCCGUAAAAAGCAUGAUAUAGAAGGUAUCAGGCUGUAAUGAAACUUUGACAUGUAUGGUGACAUCUUUUAACUUAGGAUCUUUCCAGAUAAAAUUACUGCUUGGAUCAAGCAACGUUUUAAGGUGUUUCACAACCAAUGUUGGUGCCACUUUCCCACUAAGUAAACAUUUAGAGCAAUCUCAGCCUGUCUAAAAUGCUUUCAAAACUAUUAUUAAUUAAUCUUGUAGCUCUGAGCAGCCUAAGCCCCCUCGCCGAACAAUUUACUGGUAGUAGUAUGUGGCGCACCGAUUUAGUCGGUUGCUUGCACAGUAUAUCAUUAAUUCGUGUUGGAAGGUGAUUACCGUUAAUGUAUUCUCUCUUAACUUUUUUUGAUUUCGAAAAAGGUCGUUUAUGAUAAUGGGGAGUGAUUGUCAUCGUUAAAAAAAAAGCCGCGCGUAGGUAUUUAGGAUUUGGCUUUUGGAAAUCAAGAAAGAAGUUUUAUCGGCGCUGCUUGACCAAUUUGAGCCCUUUCUUUUCUUAGUUUGAGCUUUUCGACGUCUACUCGCAUUCAUAUUUGUCGCUUCGCUGAUAAUUUAUAGUUAAUGAUGUCCACGCAUUCUCAGCAAUGAUCCUAAAAUCUUGUUCCCUAGAAAGUCAUGUGGCACACUGAUAUACAUUUUUUUUUAUACGGCAGAACUCGUGGAAAAUGCAUUGAUAGACUGGCUCCCUGGUCAAAAGUUGUUCGAUCGUUUUUCUGGUGAAAAGAAAAAAGCAGCGCAAGGAAAUCGGUAAGUUUUUAACCAUUGGUGUGGAGUAUUGAUAUGUGUAGUCUUUUGGUCUGCCUGUGAUUUUCUGUGGGGGAAUAUAAAAGUGAAUGCGAAAGCGGCAGGUGUUUUCAUCGCUUUUAUACUAUCUGAAAGAACGGAAAAUCUUAAUAAAAUUGCCUUUAAAAUCGCUUGUGUCAACGGGUCUUCAGUAGGACUUAAAGGGGCUGUCACGCUUCUUGCCAUCUUUUUUAAAAAAGCAACACGUGUCUUCGCGUUAACUGAAUUCCAAAAAUAGUGGUCCAGGUUUGUUAUGUAGGACUGCAUUUAGGCAUUGAAAUAGUUUCCUGUCGUCUUUUGCCAUGACGGACAUGAAUUGAAACUUGAAACUAUCGGGUCCGUUUUAUUUUCGAAUCUUGAGUUUUCUUCGAGUCAUGAUAUGCCUGCUAAAACCACCAAAACUAUGUUAAUUAUAGUUAGUGCUCCCUGAUGAAGUUUUUUUCUAAUAUCGUCUUUAUAACUUAACAAGAGCAUUUUGUGCAUGGGUAAAGACACAAAAACGAUUUGCAGCUUUGCAAAGGUGUUCUUUUUGGAUCACUUAAGGUUUCUGGGAAACUGUCCACCUACCCCUCCCCUAAGCCAACAUGUUGCCCUAAACGAGGAGUAAGUGUUAAUGUUGGCUUAGGGGAGGGGUAGGUGGGUAGUUUCCUAGAAACCUAAUUUGAUCCCUGGAUCACUUAAGGUUUCUGGGAAACUGCCCACCUACCCCUCCCCUAAGCCAAUAUUUUGCCCUAAACGAGGAGUAAGUGUUACUGUUGGCUUAUGGGAGGGGUAGGUGGGCAGUUUCCCAGGAUCAAUUUAGGUUUCUGGGAAACUCAAUCUUUUUUCGUCAAUUUUAGACCGGCGGAAAGUGACCAACAAAAGAGAAAAGAAGAUCAAGACCAGCAGGAGAAUCCCAAUGACGCGAGAGACCCUUCUGUAGAGCAGAGGGAGCGACUUCUUGCAUUAGAUGAAGAAAUCGCUGAUGAAGAGGAUCAAAGCAUCGCGAAAGAGGAAGAAAGUUCGUCUGAAUCUCAAGCCCCUCUUUCUGUGCAGUGCUUGCGCAGCCUCGUUUGUUUAGAUGACGCUGGUAAAGUAUUCUCAUUUUAUGUUUGAGUGCUGGUUUCUUUGGCUAUUCGUAGUCUAAUGAAAUGCCAGCAAAUAGAGCGGUUUCAUUUACGUGUCGAGCAGCUAUUCAAAUUUUUCUGGAAGAUAAGAAAUUUUUUGCAUAAGAAAAAGGCUCACCUCCCACGGGAUUGGUUUGGAACACCAAUAUGGCCGCCGUUUCAUUGUUUUGGAACACCAAUAUGGCGGACGUGACGUCAUGUGAAAACGCUCCAUAGCCCUUUUUCGCUAAAGAUAUUCAUAAUGUAGAGAGAACCUCUUUGCACUGGCGUAGGUGGGAGCUGAGUGAUAUCACAAAGAAAAGCGUGAAAUCCCGCAUAUUAAGCUCCCUCGGCUGUAAGCCCCGAUUAUGAACCUAUCUAGCCUUAAAGGCGGGUUCACUGUGACGUCAAAUACCGAUAGGAACACGAACUGCUUGUUUAUUGAACAACACGAAGUACACAUGAGAUUCGCAUAUAAAACGAUUUUCUUUCUGAUUCUUAGACAUUUCUUUUUUCUCAGAGCUGAGGCCCUAUGAAGAUAUUUUGAAUGAAAGCAAAAUUUGGGAACUUGAAGAACACAGAAGAGUACAAUUUGUUUACGUUCUUCAAAGCAAGUACUUUUCUAAAGCCAGUUCUGAGUUCAAGAAUGUGAGCAGAGCUUAUUUACAGGUAGGGGGUCUUAGACUCCGUCCAGACUAAUGUGCGAACGUAUAUAUACAUUAUUAGUAAAAUCCAACUAGUGGUCUAUUAUCAAUGCUGCGUUCUGAUUGGUUGAGCUACUACUAGGCUAUAUGUUAUAGCCCACUAGUAGCGAAAAGCGCCGGUUUUUUGGCGGCAAAAAAGGAUUGAAGUCUAGCGUUAACUAGCUAAAAUUUUUUUAUUCUCGAUAUUUUUGACCAACUAGUUGGAUUUUACUAAAACAAUUAUUCCUCUCGCCUUCAUGGCCUCUAAGUCAAUAGCCCAUUCGGCCUUCGGCCUCAUGGGCUAUUGACUCGGAGCCCAUUCGGACUCGAGGAAUAAUUGUUAAUAAUUCGGUUUGACCUAGCCACUACACCAGGGUCCUCAAGAAAUUACGACGGCGAUGUUAAGGUCAGCACAAAAACAACGUUGUGAUGUGGACAUGCCCUUAAAGUUGACUGAAUUUGAAUGAAAUUGUGAGAGUGUCAAUGGAAGGAAGUAGUUAGAUAACCACUGAAAUUAGUUACCUUUUGUUGAUGUCAUUCACAGCUACAUCAUCAGUUGAAGGAGGUUCGAAAUCAGCAAGAUAUUGAAGUGAUGAAGAGAUGCCAUGUCAUUGGCAUGACAGUGACAGGGGCGACCAUGAGGGCAAACUUAUUGGGUAAAGCAUAUCUCAUAGUACAUUGUUCAAACCUUAGUAAUUUAUGGUCAGCAAAGAAACAUCUAAUAUUGCGUGUUCUAUUACAGUCUCAUUUUGAAGCCUUUCGCAACCAAGCUAGAGGCAAGUUAUGUUGGGAGAACUAGCGCGUCUAUUUGUUUCAACAAGAACACUAAGUGACAAAAAGUGGGAAGACUGAUCUUGUUAGCUUGCAUCCCCUAUUCGCAUUGUUUUCCUUGCUGUGCGCUAAAGCCUUUCAUAAAAGUUGGCAAAAGAAUUUUCUACUAUUUUUGUUUUACAUAUUAAGUUUUUCUAAUCCGGUUAAGCCGGUUACAUUUCACUGAUCGUAUGAAACAAAUACCUCUUCAUUUGUGAACAACUUGUGGUCGUUUUUUGACUAAAAAACAGUUUUGGUGACAUUCGUGUUUCUUCAUCAAAUUUUCAUUUAUUUUCAUUACGACACAAUUUAGUUUAAAGUUUAAACCAAAAAUUAUUGCAAGUGUUUCAGAGCCGCCAUAACUUGUUCUUCCCCCGUGAUUUCUCUUUAGCUGACAUAAAGCCUUCUGUCGUGAUUGUGGAAGAAGCGGCGGAAAUUCUAGAGGGGCAGCUGGUCGCAGUUAUCCCGCCGUCAGCUCAACACCUGAUCAUGAUCGGAGAUCACAAGCAACUGAAACCUAUGGUACACUAUCACCGACUCAAAAAACAUCACCAUUUGGAUCUGUCUAUGUUUGAACGACUGUGGAAUUGUCGUCUGCCUUGUAAGCAGCUUGGUUUCCAGUGCCGAGUGAGGGAUGAAUUUGUUGAUCUACUCCGUGAAUUAAAGAUAUAUGACAACCUUCAAACGCAUAAACAGGUAUUGCUAACUGCAGGUAUCCUUUGUCCGUAUAUGCAAACAUGCAUGCUAGGCGCCACUUUUCCCGACUUGCGGCCAUUUUGUGGGCCCUAUCCGGAAAGAUUCGCAGAAAAUGACGCAGAAUAGUUUCACAAUGAUCCGCAACGAAAGCAAAAGUAAGGCAAUAUGUAAAAAGCCCUGCUACCUAAAGGGGCACCCCGCAGAGCACGUGCUCGAGAGAGAAAAUCCGCUGGCCGCAUUGGCUUGAAUUUAUCCUUGCCUAAAAUAAAUUUAGCCCCAUUCCUCGUUCCUUCUUUGGAGAGACGAUGAAAACACUGGAAUUUUUUUUUUUAUCUUUGAGAGAGCUGUGGCUGCAUAAAAAAAAAAAAAACAGGGAGGAAAUUUCCAGCAUGUCUCGGCGGUGGUGCGUAGGAGGCGAAUUAAACUUAAGAAACCCUGAGAACGGAUCAGAUUCUUUGCUAGUUAGCUACAAAGACACUCAUGAAGUGUCUUUGGUCACAAAUAUUAGCCCGUUCUCCUCCUCGAACUCAAACGUGACACCUGAGUGGGCGGCUGGUAAUCGAGCCUAACACUCAUGGCGGGCUACAACAUUGUAUAUAACCUGUUAAGACACGUCGCAAAAAUACCUAUUUUUCCUGUUAUCCUGGCCAAAAAGGGAAACCGUCGCCAAACGUAUGUUAUAACAUAGCUAGAAAAUUCGCCUAAUCAAAUUCAAUAGCGCGAACGUGUUACAUAUUCCCUUUGAGCACGCUGAUGACGUCAAUAAACUAUUCCUCGAGUUGUUGUGAGCGUAGCAAUCCUCCCAAGACGUCUCCCAAUUGCAUCCAUAUCUCAGCAGUAAACGAUGAGGCGUUUACCAUGUGCUUUAUAAGGUAAUUUAAGAGAAGACUUUUGAAUUUAUUAGCCGAUAGUAGGGAAGGAGGUUAUUGUUGUUGUUGUUGUUGUUGUUGUUGUCAUCUCCGCAAGCUGUGCGUGUGAAGAUCAUUCUUUGCAAAGUUGUUUCUCUCAAAAAUAAUUUUUAUGUGAAUUUAUAGUUUUCCAGCACCUCAAUAUGGAUUUUACAAUCUUUUUAGAGUACACUUUCUCUCAGUUUCAGGAUAAAAACAUAAGCUUAACUGUGAGGAAAAAAAUAUAGUCACGUAAACAUUGACGCGUACUGCUUUUAGCGCGCCCUACAAUAAUAAAAAUUUGAAUUAACCACUGCAUUGAUCGCUUUGAUAAUGUUAUAAAACAAUUAGAUUAAUGCGUCAGCGUGCGUAUGUCGAGAUAUUGAGCAGUUGGGAAGUUUGGACAGCACUCAAAAGGCUAGAGUUGCUCUCGGCUGCGCCUCGAGCAACCCUUACGCCUCUUUCGUGCUCUCCAAGCUUCCCGCGUGAUCAAUAUCUCGACAUACGCACGCUGACGCAUGAACUAAUUGUUAACUUGUCUUCCCCCUCCCCCCUCCCCUUUCUUUAAUGUUAUCAAGGAUAACACAAGAAUUAUAGACGUUGGUUUUAUGACCAAAACAAUUUUGAGUAGAGAGUUGGAAGGGGUCUUGUUUUUUUUUCUGUUCAGAGGUGAUGGCAGUAUGGCGCCAAAGUAAGAAAAUAGAUGGGACUGUGUUUAACAGAUUUGUGCGAGGUUGUAGCCAUUUACUUACCCUGGGUUCCAGAGGAUAUUUUUUUUCUUAUUGACACUGAUGGUUCGAGGAGAAACCGCGUCAACGAGGCGUGAAGCGCCGAGAGGAGCCUUUUCAAACCGUAAGCAGGGUUAAUUUCAUUUUAGGUAUUUUGAGAACGGACCUCUAGAGCCAGGGUACCAUUUACUACGUUCUAAACAUGUAAUGCGCCCGCACUGUGUAUUGCUACGAUAACAUAAGCCUUUUCGUCAAUAAUACGAUGUAAUUAAUAUUGUUUAUUGGCUCUUGCCAAUUUUUCUUUAUUUCUUUACUUCAUUCAGCUGGUCGAAAACAACGUACGCCCAGCUUGUGUCGAGUCUAGCAUGUACUUCUGGACACACACCAAGUGGGAAAGUGAAGCUUCGCAUAGCAAGCGAAAUUCUCGAGAGGCUGAAGAGAUAACUAGAGUUGCCAAAUUCUUCUGCCAAGAGGGCGAGGUACAUCCCUCAAAGAUCACUGUUCUUUGUUCAUAUCGAGGACAGGCAAGUGUAAAAUGUUUGAACGUUUUCUAUGACCUACGUAACAAAAAGGUUCCAUUUUGCCGUGCUUCUGUUCAGUAGCAGAUCACAGAUGACGUCAAAACAUGGUAAAGUAAAGAAAACAAGUUUCCUUUUGAUCUCAUCCAUGUGUCUGUAUGUACUCUAAUAGGCCAUGGGCAACUACCAAUCAAAGCGCGCGCGUAAUAUUUAACCUGAGGUCAGGCUCUAUUUUCGUUUCGCUUUGAAAAUUACAUUCCGGCGGGCAAGGCGAAACGAAAAGAGAGCCUGAUACAAACCUUUAACGAAAUGUCUGCCGCCCACUUUUUUGAUUGAUUGACAUUUGCCGAAUCAGCCAAUCAGAAUUACUUCCGUUGCUUGUUUUUCUAGUAUGCAAAUUUUUCACGCGUGGGGAAAAUGCAGACUGGCUGACUUAAAAAAUAGCUUUUAUCUGUUAAUUUUUUCAGCUAAAAAUAAAACAGUCAACACAAUCACAUUUAACUUCUUGCGAGAUUAAGGGAGAUCUCGAAGGUUACUUCUGUUGGCGUAGAAGGUAAAAAGUUUUCGAAAAGACGGCGACACGAUGUUCUACUAGUUUUAUUAUUUUGGCUAGGCGCUCUGGAAUUUAAAAUACUGAAAUCUCUAUUUUUCCGUUGUCUUGAUAUUUUCCUCGGCAAUUUCCCCCGAUUUUCAGUACAUAAAUCUUUAAAAACAAAAGCAAACAGCCAACGAGCGAGGACACCAGUUUUCUUGGUUUGCUUUUACCAAAAAGCGUAGUCAAACAACCAGUCUGUGAACACUGAAAAUUCCUUGAACAGCUAUGCGAUAUUUUUCGUCUAAUACUUAACAGUUGGCGAUUGAGGUUUCUUUCGCAGUGAGCCUCCGCUUGCGUACCCCGUUCAGAGAACUCAUUCCCGGCUAAACUUUCAAAUGAAACCAGUUUUAAGAUGGACAGUAUUUUGAUUUGCACCCGUUUGUUGGAAAAUCAAAAUGCACCUUAUUAGCGGUCAUCAACUUGCAGAGGGAUUCAACUCCGCGAUACACUCACUUUCCGUAAAUAAAGCAAAUCCUGAGAAGAUAUGAACAGCCACAUGAAUUUUCUGAAUUUCCAUGGCACAUAUUAAGGCAUAUUUUCCUACCAUAAGACCAUAAAGCAAUAAAAAAGACAGCAAAAUCGAUCCUUCUCUCCACCGACGACAGAUCAUUCACGAAAACAACCACGCGAGGAAUAAGCGCUUUCAACUUCCGGCGUUUCCGACAGCCAAUCAGAUCUUGUGGCAUUGUUCUAACAGCCAAUCAGCUUUACGGCCAAAAUCUGGCCGUAAAGACCACAAACUUGCAAUAGUUUGUAUCAGGCCCAAUUUCAGCGGUAGCCGUUAGAGAGAAUGUAUGAGAACCGCUCAAAUUGGGCCUGAUCUCAGGUUAGUAAUAUUCAUCACAUUGUAUAAGACGAACAGACGCACGGGAAAUGUAAUCUAUGCCAAUAACAAACACGUCUCUCAAAGCCGUCUCGACCGACGGAUCAAAGAUUGUUCUUUUAUUUGACCCGUGUUUCCUAGAAGCCUCGGUAAUUUUUCUCUUUAUAUCGUUCCUUUCUCGCAGGUGAAAGAAAUAGAAAGCCACUUUCGUUCAACUGAGAUUACUGCGUUGGAAGAUGUAAAGGUCACAACGAUUGAUAGUUUUCAGGUGGGAUAACGCGAACGUUUCUCCAGCCGCCGGAAUGCUCCAAAAUUGCUCCGAAACGCUCUGUCCGUGUGUAUGAAUCGUGGUGUUUUUUCAGAGAAAAUCAGAGCUGAAAACUCAGCCGUUUCUAGAUUUAAGACACUCACGAAGAAGAAAGAUUGGUAUCUUUUGUAUUUUCUUGACAAAUUAUGAAUCAGUUUGAACUGUCAAGGAACGAUGAUGAUGAUGUUGAUGGGCUCCUGGGAACGGCGAUAAAUUUAUGGAUCGAAAAUAGUUCUUUUUUGGGCUUUUAACCCACCUAGCUUUUUAUGGCAGUGUCUCAAGACCACUUAAAAUAAUCUAAUUCAGGUAUUUCAUGGGAUCAAAUCAACAUUGACUGCGGUUUAGAUUUUCCCGCUCGUGGAAAAGAAAAGAAAACUAGAAAUCAAUGCGUAAAAUUCAAAAGGAAUAAUUGGAAGUACAUUGCGGUCGAUCUUUGGAGGGAUUUGAAGAGCAAUGUCUCCUUAAGUACUAGAACAACUACAAAAACUAUAAACUAGAAAAAUACCAAAGUUAACCACACUUUCUCUUCUUGGUUCACAUCGUGAUGUGGGUCAUCUUUAGCCCACGGCUUCUGUGUAGCGUCCUGUAACACAAGAGCGACGACGAACGUCGAUUCGCUCGACAGUCUCCUGCAAACAAUUCAUCUACUGUAAAUGAUCUAAUAGACGCCCGGGGCGUUAUUUAAUUCUGAUGGUCCAAAAGAAAACGUUUAAUUGAUAGAAGGCUUUUAUUCUCCUUACUGCCACCAGCUCAGCAAAACGUAUAUGCUAUUCUCGAAAAUAUCAAGAAAGUUUAAAACAUAGCGGAAUAGCUAGGCCAUCAAUGGAUACAUCUAGGCCGUCUAUAGAUCCAUAUCGCUCUUUCAAAUCUCAACAUCGUCGACAGAUCCGAAUCUCCGCUUAGGAUCACUUUGUUUUCAACGUUAGUCUAUCCCUAUGGGCACGAUACAGUGAAAGAACCAUUGUUCAUCAGGCACGAAACCGAACAAAUUGAAUGAUUUUGUUCCUUUUUUGCUACCGGUAAUUACUAGUAGUUUGCAGUAACUCUCAUGGGGGAGAGGAGUGUGCAUGGGGGCGUUAAUUAGAGAGGUGCGUCUGAUACAAAGUUAACAUUGCUAGUAGCGGGGGCGUUUAUUAGAUAUUAGUAAAAUCCAACUAGUGGUCUAUUUUCAAUGCUGCGUUCUGAUUGGUUGAGCUACUUUUAGGCUAUAUGUUAUAGUCCACUAGUAGCGAAAAGCGCCAGCUUUUGUGGGGAGGCGGGGGGGGGGGAUUAAAGUCUAGCUAAUUGCGUCAGCUGAAGUUGUUUUGACUCGAUAUUUUUGACCAACUAGUUGGAUUUUACUAAAAAAAUUAUUGCUCUCGCCCUCAUAGCCUCUCUGUCAAUAGCCCAUUCGGCCUUCGGCUAGCCCGCGUGGCAGGCGUUUGAAAAGGAAGGGAAAGGGAGUUUUAGGCGCGAGUGAAACGCGAGGGCCGGAGCGCGCGAGGAGAAAGGGAAGGAAACGCCUGCCAGGAGACCAUUGUUUUCGCCAUCCCGCCUACUAAUUAUGUGUGCAAAAAUAACACAACUGUGAAUGACCAGCUGUCAAAUAAGUCUGGCCGCGAAACGCUUAUUUUUAGCUUUUGUUUUCCUAAAACAAGAAAUCUGAAGUGAAGGUACGUACUACAAAAAAAAAGUUCAAAUGCGGUCGUCCGUUGAAAGAAGAAAGUUGCAACGAUGAGUGACUUGUUAUAUAAAAUCCAGCAUAAAUCUUUUACGUCGUUUGCUGAAGGAAACGUGCUGGACAUCGCAACUUGCAUGCAAUGUUUGUCUAAGAAAUACUUAAAACACUUUGCUAGCUCUCGAAUUGGAUCCAGCAGAGCAUACAAAAGAACGCUGGUAGCAGGGAAAGAAAAGCUGAACUUCGAAGAUCUACAAGAAAGCUGCAAUCAAUUCUUAAAGUAAGUUCCUGGCGGCUUAAUAACGUCUAUAACCAGCAAGACCAAAAAUCGUCUUCAUCAAUCUGGUCGUUGAUAAAGCGUAGGCUGCUUGGUAGGCGUAUUAGGUCAAACAGCAGAUGACAGGCAGACAGCUGGCAGAAUGAUAUUUCCUUUCUUUCUUCUAGUGAGUAAAACAAGCCGUUGAACGAUCGCUUAAGUUACUCAAUAGCCUGAUGUUGAUUUCAACCAAUCGGAUGAAGGUAUUAAGGCUGUGAUUGACAUGUUUUGAAGACUGACCAAUCAGGAUUUCAACAUUCGCCUGGUGGAUGUUAAAAACGAGAAAUACAAUAGUCUCCUGGCAGGCGUUUCUUUUCCUCCCUCCUCGCCCGCCCCUGGCGUUCUCUCGCGCCUAAAACUUCCUUUCCCUUCCCUUUCAAACGCCCGCCACGCAGGCUAGCCUUCGGCCCAUUCGGGCUCGAGGAAUAAUUGUUAAAGAGAAGUUUAUUUGAGAGAAGGCGUCUACCAGAUCAUUUAAGGUAUGCCACUUAGCUUUAUCCCUUUUCUUCGACCAAUAAAGGAAACAGACAGGAGAAGUCGUUGCGUCACGUUGCCAUGGUAGCAAAAUUUCUGGAUGACAAAAAACCGAAAACAUCACUUAAAAAGUGAACUCGCACUGUUUCAGACUUCGACGAUGUUAUUCAAUUUCAUUUAAUUUGUCAAAUGAUGGCGAAAUUUUCUGGGUUUAAAUCCGAAAGGACCGAAUUUAGAAAAAGAAAAAGAAAAUUUUUGCGUUGUGCUCUCCUACUUCGUAAAGCGGGUGCGUGAACUUAGUCGUGCAACGACGGCUGAGAAACCUACAAAAAAGCGUGAUGCACGUGCACGGUUGUUGUUUUGCUGAUAUAAACCUAUUGGUUUUUUUCCAGUUCUUUUUGACGUCGCCUGCAUCGUUGCCUAAGCUCGCUGUUGUGGCGAUCCAGAAAUUUUGCUACCAUGGUAACGUGACGUCACACUUCUCUUCUCUUUAUGAGAUGUCUGCGUAUGAAUAUUUCUUUUUCAAUCACAGGGCCAAGAAAAUGAUAUAAUCCUUGUUUCGCUGGUUCGAAGCAACAAAGAAGGUGUUAUUGGAUACCUGGCAUCAAUGGACCGCUUGUGUGUGGCCAUUUCUCGGGCGCGUUGUGGUCUUUAUCUUUUCGGAAAUCAUGCGCAUUUGUCGCAGAAAUCUAGGAAAGGUUGGAAGGUAUGUAAUAGGGACUACUUAAGAUUCACCGUUCCUGCACACGGGUAUGUGUAG